AUGCUUCUGGUACUCAUCACACUGGCCCUUGCGGCCACCGCGUCCGCACAUAGCGUCAUAUCGUAUCCCGGCUGGAGAGGCAAUUCCCUCAUUACAAACGACACCUUCCCCUACGGAAUGCAGUGGAUGUAUCCAUGCGGCGGCAUAGGAACCACCAAAAACCGCACAUACUGGCCCACGACGGGCGGCGCGCUCGCCUUCCAGCCCGGCUGGUUCAGAGGCCACUCCCUCGCCGUCAUCUACGUCAACCUGGGCUUCGGCACCAACGGCCCCGAUCACGGCCCCGAGAACAUGUCCAACCCCAUGGUUCACCCCUUCACCAUCCAGGGUCCCACCAACAACCCGUACCCGGGCACCAUCUGCCUCCCGCAGAUUCCCCUGCCCAUCAACGCCUCCGUCAAGGCCGGCGACCUGGCCACCAUCCAGCUCGUGGAGCUUGCCCAGCACGGGGCCGCUUUGUUCUCGUGCGUCGACAUCAUCUUUGCCGACCCCGGCGACCCCAAGAUCGGCGAGGUCAACGAGACAAACUGCUUCAACUCGACCGACAUUGGCUUUGCCGAAAUGUACACCAUUGCUACCAAGAUGUCUGGCACCGACGCCUACAUCACUUCUGCUGCGGCGUCAUUGCGAGCCCUCAGCUGGAUGGGCUACGUGCCGCUGGUCGUUGCUGGCUUGCUGACUCUGCUGUAA